UGAAUUUGACUGGCUGCCAACUAACACUCACUAAACUCACCAAGUAAGUAACUAAGCGACCAGACGAGACGAUUGGAAGAGCCGACGGGAUCCGAGUGCUCAGGCGAUAUAUGUGGAAAACAUAUAGCGGAAAUUAAGCAGUGGCAGUAAUGUUGAGGGCUUGGUGAAAAAUAUUUUGCGAAUUUCGAAAUCAGUUGAAAACCGUAGCUCGCUGGCAGCGCUCGUCGCGAAUCGAGAGAUCAGAGAUCGGUAUCAGAUCAGUCGCAUCCCGGAAAAUGUUUCGCAAAUGCCUUGCCAGCCUGGCUCUGGCUCCCGUCCCCAGUCCACUGGCGAUUCCCAGGAUAACCCCGAUCGCCAGCCAGCUAGUCCAACGCCGCUCCUUCCACCAGGUGCCCCUCGAAAGUAGACCACCCAAAAUCCUCAUCACAGGUGGCCUGGGACAAUUAGGAAUAGAGUGUGCCAAACUUCUGCGGACGCAGUAUGGCAGUCACAAUGUAAUUCUCUCGGACAUCAUAAAGCCCAGUCCAUCCAUCCUGGAGAACGGUCCUUACAUAUUUGCGGACAUCCUGGACUUUAAGGGUCUUCAGAAGAUCGUUGUAGACCACCGCAUCGACUGGCUGAUCCACUUUUCGGCCCUGCUCAGUGCUGUGGGGGAACAGAACGUUCCUCUAGCUGUGAGGGUCAACAUUGAGGGUGUUCACAACGUCAUUGAGCUGGCGAAACAGUACAAGCUCCGCAUCUUUGUACCUAGCACCAUUGGAGCUUUUGGCCCCGACAGUCCCCGCAAUCCCACGCCAAAUGUUACGAUCCAACGUCCUCGCACUAUUUAUGGCGUUUCCAAGGUGCACGCCGAGCUAAUUGGCGAAUACUAUUACCAUAAGUUUGGACUGGACUUCAGAUGCCUGCGAUUCCCCGGCGUUAUAUCCAGUGACCCGCCAGGCGGUGGUACCACAGACUAUGCCGUUGCCGUAUUCCACGAUGCCCUGCGACAUGGAAAAUACACCUGUUACCUGCGUCCCGAUACAAGACUGCCCAUGAUGUACAUUGAAGAUUGUUUGCGAGCCCUUCUGGAGUUCAUGCGGGCACCGAAUGAGCAGCUGAAGCGUCGCGUCUACAAUGUCACCGCCAUGUCCUUCACUCCCGAGGAGCUGUUCACUGAGCUGGGCAAGCACGUGCCCAAUCUGCACGUGACCUACAAGCCGGAUAGCCGCCAGUUUAUCGCGGACGCCUGGCCGGAGGUGUUCGACGAUUCGGAAGCUCGGAGGGACUGGCACUGGCAGCACAAGUACGAUCUGGGCAAUCUGGUGGACUUCAUGGUCAAGGAUGUCCAGGAUAACUACAUUAAUGCGCAGCCGGAGCAACAGACGCUUCAGAUCUGAUUUGCUUUUAAACAAACAACCGCAUCUAGUAUUCUUAAGUAAUGAAAUUCAAACGCAUUUAACACUGCAUUUAUCUAGUGAAUACCAACACAAAACGCUGUACUACUGUUUACCUUUGAAAAUACAGAAAGGCAUUUAUUGGAAA